AUGGCUGGAAAUAAGAGAAGGAGGGACACCGUUUCGAAUGGCUCCGAUAAGCCAGACAAUGAUAAGUCGUCUCAACAAAAUGGAACUACUUCGUCUCUUUCUGCUGUGGAAUCUUCAGGAGAUUUCCCUCGUGGAGGAGGUUCCACAUUGACGCCUCUUGAAUAUAAAGAGGCUGUAACGGAGGCUAAACGAGAAGCCCUUACGGGUACCGAUGAAGCUGAAGUUACUAAGGCUUCAAGCAAGCCAUCCAAGAAGAAAAAGAAGAACACUACGAAGGCUACUUCUUCUAACGAAGAUGAACUAUCUUCCGUGUCCAUCGAAAGCUUAAAAUAUAAAAGUUUGAUACCAGGAACUUUGAUUUUGGGACAAGUCUCUCAAAUUAAUACCUUAGAUAUUGCUGUUUCCUUGCCUAAUGGUCUCAGCGGAUAUGUGCCCAUCACCAGUAUAUCUGAAAAGCUUUCUCAGCGUCUUGAAAAUCUGGACGAUGCUGCCACCGGUACCGACAGUGAAGCCGUUGAUCAUCUUGACGAAUUUAAUAACUUCCCUGAUUUAAUUGAUCUUUAUCACGUUGGACAAUGGAUUCGUGUAUGCGUGACCAAACUUGGUACCGAUGAUACAAAAAAUAACAAAAAGCACGUUGAACUGAGUAUGCGCCCUCAAGAUGUAAAUGGCCCCACAGAAGAACCAAAUAAUUAUACUAGUGGGUCGGUGAUUCAAGCGGCUGUUUCCAGUGUGGAAGAUCACGGUAUUGUUUUUGAUGUGGGAUUGAAAAACUUUAAUGGCUUUCUGUCUAAAAAAAAUAUUGGAGAUUAUAAAUUCGUAGAAGGCCAGAGUUUGGUUUGUACUGUUUUAUCAAAAGAUCAACGUACUCUUCACUUAGCUCUUUCCACCCCUGAUUCACCUCCUUUAGAUGGUUUACCUUCUGUUCAAGCUAUUCUUCCGGGUAACUACAUCAAUGUAUUAAUAACAGAUCUUAAAGAUAAUGGUGUCGUUGGAAAGUAUAUGGGCGUGGCUGAUGUAACGAGCGAUUUGUUCCAUUGUUCCGUUAAUCAAACAAAGGAUUUGGAAAAACAGUUUCACCUUGCCAAGUCCUCGCCAGCUCGUGUGCUUUUCGUCCUCCCAGGCGAUCCUCCAAAGAUUGCUGUUUCUUUCUUACCUCAUAUUUUGAGUUUCAAUUUUGAUUCGGCGAAACCUCAAAAACUUGACCAGCUUGAUGUUGGAUUCAUCGUCAAUACUGCUAAAGUUACACACGUUAGUCCUUCUCUCGGUGUUUUUUGCGAUGUAGGCAUCCCCGGUAUCUAUGGUUUCACUCACAUUUCUCGUUUGUCUGAUAAAAAGGUAGCAAAUGUUAGCUCAAAUAAUGGCCCUUAUAAAGUAAAUAGUGUCCACCGUGCUCGUGUAACUGGUUAUAGUUACGUCGACAACUUGUUCAUCUUAUCCUUCCAGAAUUCCGUUUUAGAGCAACCCUUUUUACGUAUUGAGGAUAUAAACGUUGGUCAAUAUGUGGAGGGCUCUGUACUGAAACUAAUUCCACAAGGUAUCGUCGUCACUAUCGCAGAUGGAAUCAAUGCCUUGGUACCGUCUUCUCAUAUGUCAGAUAUUGCUUUGCAAUUCCCUGAGCGACGUUUUAAAGUCGGCACUACUGUCAAGGGUCGUGUGUUAACCACGAAUGUUUUGAGAAGAAGAGUUAUUCUCACAUUGAAGAAAUCACUGUUAAACAGCGACCUACCUCCAAUUUGCUCGUUUGAACAAGCAACACCAGGUAUUCGUGCUAUAGGUGUUCUUGCUCGUGUGUUAGAAGAUGGUGCGAUUGUAGAGUUUUACAACAGCGUUCGUGGAUUCUUGCCUGUGUCUGAAAUGAGUGAAGCUUAUAUUCGGGAUGCGAGGGAACAUUUUAAGAUUGGUCAAACUGUUUCUGUGACUAUUCUUAGUUGUGAACCAUCCGAACGUAAAAUGAGAGUUAGUUGUCGUGAACAAAAUUGGGACGAAAAAAGACUUGAACAAUUUGAUAGUAUUUCCUUGGGUUCUCUUGUUUCCGGUUCCGUGUUACAAAAAACCGAAAAUUCUGUUAUCGUUGAUUUGGGUAAUAAAGUUUCGGGAGUUAUUGCUUUAGGUCAUUUGUCCGAUGGUGACCUUACUAAGUCUACCAAGGUUUUGAACAAACUUCGUGUUUCUACGAAAAUAACAGAUGUACUAGUUCUUCGAAAAGGCCAAGACAAGAGAAAUAUAACUCUGUCAUUAAAGAAGAGCCUUAUAAAUGCUGCUAAAGAAGAACGCUUCCCCAAAACUAUACAAGAGGUAAAAGAGGGUGUCAAGUAUGCUGGCUUUGUUCGCAAUACCACUGAUUUUGGUGUUUUUGUCGAAUUUUGUGAUGGCUUGGUAGCGUUGGUACCUAAAGCUUAUCUGUCAGAAGACUAUGUUCCUGUGCCAGGCGCCUUAUUUAAGCCUCAACAGUCUGUUGAAUGUGUUUGCCUUUCUGUAAAUCUUCAACAAAAGAAAAUAUUUAUGUCAUUUAAACCUUUAUCUUCUAAUAAACAAAGAGUUACUGAAGUUUUGGAUAGCAAAUAUGACAUUGAAAAACCUGUUGACGAAUCUAUUAAGAAAACUUAUGAUUAUACAGCUGGAAAGGUCACAUGGGGUACUAUAACUUCUGUCAAAGCGUCUCAGCUUAAUGUCGAAUUGGCCGCAAAUGUACAGGGUCGCGUUGAAGUUUCUGAAGUAUUUGACAAGGCUGAAGAUAUUGAAAGCCUUAAUAAGCCUCUCAAAAAUUUCAAGAAAGGUGAUAAAAUUUGUGUCCGUGUUUUAGGUAUACACGACUCCAGGCAUCAUAAGUUCUUACCUAUCUCUCAUCGUGUUUCUCCUAAGCAAUUUUUGGAGUUGAGUGUGCGCCCUUCUGUCAUGAGUAUGGAACCCUUUAAGCUUGAGACUCCUACUUUCAAGAAGGGAGACUCGGUCAUUGCUUAUGUCAAUAACAUAUCUCAGGAAUGCGUAUGGGUUUCCGUUACUUCAACAAUAAAUGGAAGGAUUAUGGCUAUGGACUUGGGUUAUGAUGCAGAAGUGAUUAAUAGUAUACCAAAGCACUUUUUUGGUGGUAAAGCUUUGAAAUGUACAGUAAUUGACACUUCAAAAGUUCUCGGUCUUUCCCUUAUCAAACCCGUUGACGGUUAUGAGUCCGUUAAACCAGGUGAUAAGUUUUCAGGAAGAGUGAUGAAUGUAAAUGAGAGCGGAGCAAUCGUUCAUCUUCCUGGCCAUUUAACUGGACGAGUUUCUCGUUUGGACAUGUCAGAUGAUUAUGAUAUUGCUCCAAAUGAAAAGUUUGUUCGUAACAAAUACAUAUCGGUAUAUGUUAUGAGCGUUGAUGUUUCGAAUAAGAAAAUUGCCCUUUCCACUCGUGAAUCUAGAGUAAAUCCACAAAAUGCUGAGGUCAAAGAUAGAGAGAUUAAAUCCAUCGAUGAUUUGAAGCCUGGUGAUGUCUGUCGUGGGUUUGUUUCCAACGUGGCUGACCAAGGUCUUUUUGUUUCGUUAGGUCACGAUUUGGUUGCUAGAAUAAAGAUUGCUGAGCUUUUCGAUACUUUCAUCAAAGAGUGGAAGACACAAUUCCAAGUUAACAUGCUGGUGAGAGGAAAAAUAAUUAGCGUUGAUCAUGAUACCAAGCGUAUUGAAAUGACGCUAAAACCCAGUAAAAUAGAUGAGUCUUCUUCGAUUACCACUGCAUUUUCUGAUUUACAGGUUGGAAGUAACAUUGAUGGUACCGUUGCUAAAGUUGAGGAUUAUGGUCUUCUUAUCAAAAUUGACAGCACAGACGGCAUUGUUGGUUUGUGUCAUAAAUCUGAAGUUGCAGACGCUGUCGUCAAUGAUAUAAGCAGGUUAUAUAGCGUUGGUGAUAAAGUUCGUGCUCACGUUUUAGAUGUAAAUCCUGAAAAACGACGUAUAUCGUUGGGCCUUAAAUCAUCUUACUUUGAUGCUGAUUCAGAUGUUGAUUUAUCAGAUGAAAUUGAAAUGAAGUCUGCUGAUGAAAGUUCAGAUGAAGAAAUGGCAGAAGAUCAACAAUCCGAAUCAGAGGCUGACGAAGAAUCAUCAUCUGAAGAGGAAAAUGAGAAACCUGCUCCAUUGAAUGUUAAUGGUUUCGAUUGGGGCGACAGCUCUACCGUAUUCGACAAACCUGCUCGUGAUGUGUCUGAAAGUGAGAGUGAAGAUGAUGAAACUCCCAAACGCAAGAAGUCGAAGCCUGACAAUUUUAAUGACGAAGAGCGUGACUUAGAUGAAGCUCCACAUGUGCCUGCUGACUUUGAGCGUCAAUUGCUAUCAUCACCCAAUUCUUCCUUUUUGUGGAUCAGUUAUAUGGCUUACCAAUUGAAUCUUAACGAGAUUGAGAAAGCUCGUGAAAUUGGUCAACGUGCCUUGAAUACCAUCAAUUACAGGGAAGAAGAAGAAAAAUUGAACGUUUGGAUGGCAUUACUUAAUUUGGAAAUUGCCUAUGGAACAACUGAAUCUCUUCAAAACACUUUCAAGGAUGCUUGUGCUCACUGUGAACCUUUGGUUGUUUAUGAAAAGUUGUGUGGUGUCUUGAUAAAAAGCAACAAGUUGGAUUUGGCUAAUGAGUAUAUGGAAGGUAUGCUUAAAAACUUCAAGCAAGUUCCUUCCGUGUGGACUCAAUAUGCUUCUUUCCUCUUAACAAAUGGAAGCGAAGAUACGGCAAGAGGUUUACUGCAGCGUAGUUUGCAAAGCUUGCCUAAAUCUGAACAUGUAAAGAUAAUUGAAAAGUUCGCUAUCCUUGAAUUUAAACAGGGUGAUCCUGAGCGUGGUCGCACCAUUUUUGAAGGAUUGUUGAGCAACUAUCCAAAACGCUUGGACUUGUGGAAUGUCUUGAUUGACAUGGAAGUCAAGCAAGGUGACACUGCUAUCAUUCGUCGCCUGUUUGAGCGUGUGCUCGCGUCCAAGCUUUCUACCAAGAAAGCUAAGUUUAUUUUUAAGAAAUGGUUGACUUAUGAAAAGGAAAUUGGCGACAACAAGGGAGUUGACUCAGUUAAACAAAAAGCCUUAGAGUAUGUAUCUGGAAAUCGGGAGGAUUAA